UAAGUUGAGCCCACCAAGACGGCAAGCAUCAGAGUUUCGCCAGAACCUCCUGAGGAAUACCAGCACCAUGAACACCCUCAUCGUCUUCGCCGCCCUCAUCGCCGCCGCCAGCGCUGGCUUUGCCGGCUACGGCUAUGGCGGAUAUGGCCUCGGCUACGGCCACGGCCACGGCCACCACGCUGUCGCUGUUCCCGUCAAGACCGUUUCCUACGUGAAGAAGCCCGUCGUCAGCGUCGGCUACGUCACCAAGCCCGUUGUGACCUACGUCAAGCAGCCCGUUGCCACCGUCUCCCACACUGUCCAGCCCGUCGUGUCUGUCAGCCACGCCCUCGUCUCCACCGGCGGAUACGGUGGUGGCUACGGCGGAUACGGUGGUGGCUACGGCGGUCUUGCCGUCGCCGGCUAUGGCGGCUACGGUCUUGGCGGCUAUGGCGGUCUCGGCUACGGUCACGGAGCUGUCCUCAAGGGAGGUUACGGAUACGGAUACCACUAAAUUCUGGCGUAAACUAUGAUAGCUACCUUGCUUGUACCUCCGGUGCGAACACAUCGGUGGCGGAAUCGACGAAAAAGUCCACGCUUGUAGCAUCUCGCUACUCGUGUAUUUAUUGUGUACAAAUAAAAGCUGCCAUGAUUGACGCAUGCA